AUGGCGUCGCCUUCGUUUGAGGACCUUGCUUCAUGGGAUGAUCUCAACAUCGUCUCACCAGACAAUGUAGAUGAUCCCGAGGACCCCAGAAAUGUAGACCUUCGGAAGCUGCCCGAAGAGAUUGAGCAACUCGAUCAAUCAAUCGCCGAGCUUGAGGCCAAGAUUGCUACCCUUAGGCUGCAACGGGCCAAGUUACUCGACCAACGCGCACUCAUACGUCGCUUGUCCCCGGAUUUACUAUCUCGUAUCUUCGAACUUGGCGUGCACGAAUCUGCCGACCUCUUGCCAAACCUUAGUCUCGUCUCACAUCACUGGCGCAGUGUUGUGCUAUCCAGCCCGACUCUAUGGACCUACAUCAUUCUCGAUAGUAAUUGGAGCUGGCGAAUACCGUCCUUUCUCCGUCGGAUGCGAGCACACCUCCAGCGCUCCCGGGCGAGUAAACUCUUUAUCGAUAUCGACUUCCGCCAUGUCGACAGCCUGCUUGACACCGAGACCAUAUUGCUGGAGUUGAAGCCCCAUCUUUGGAGGUGCUACUCGUAUAACGUCUCUGUUCCGGACUGGUUCAGGAUGCGCAAGAUACAGGAACACUCCUCAACUAUGGGUCCCGCUUUAGAGGACCUCUAUUUGCGAGUCGACUCUUCAGAUUCGGAGUACCAAGAACCUUUCAGCGUCUUUUCCCAACCCUGUCCUCGUUUGGUCUAUGCCAUGCUAGAACACAUGCCGAUGGAGUGCCUCGGGGUCCCAACGUCUUCGCUACGUCAGUUCCAUCUACUGCGCGACGCCCGGUGCCACUCGCCCGCAAAGAUUGGGUAUCCGUUCAACCAACUCAUGAGCAUCUUGACUUCCUCCCCCAUCAAGUGUUUUUCGGUCCGUUUCGCAUUUUUCACUAUCGACACCACCGAGGACGUCUUUAGAGCUACACCGACCCCGCAGGUGCUGCCGAGCCUUGAGGGCCUCUCGUUUGACGCAGUCGACGCGGGAAGCGUCUCCUUAUUCCUCGAGUCCACCUCUCUUCCGGCCCUGCAGCUUCUCUCCGUAAACUCCGGAGUCGAUUUGCAGUGGCUCACGCAAAUAUCACUCACAUCAUCUCGUUUUCCUGCCCUCCGCCUGCUUGAUCUAUGCAAUUGUCUCUUCACCGGUCCUUCCCUCGUUCCCCUUGUCCGCGCGCUGCACCACCUCCCGCAACUUACCGGCCUCGGGAUCUCGACUCCAGCGACGGGUGUGGUCGGAACGCACAUCUUUGACAUGCUUGCUGCUGGACCCGACACACUUGGUGAAUGGCUCCUCCCCCGGCUCGAAGCCAUCGGCGUCCAGAACUGCGAAGACGUUACAGGACACGAGCUCUUACGAGUCGUGACCGCCCGUCGGGGCGCCGCGGCACCAGAAGUGUCAAAUAUAGUAUUCCUGAAAAUUACGCAGUGCUUGCUGGACUCGGAGGUCCUAGAGCGGCUCACGCAGAAGGUAGAUACUGUACUCACGGUAGAUACUGUACGCACGGUCUGA